AUUUACCAGUACUAUAGCAGUGCACUUGAGUUUUUACAGUUUAGUCUACCUAUGUUUCUAUCAAAGAAGUAUGAUGAUGUAGGAAAAGAAGAUUUCCAAUGGCUUUUUACUAAAUUUUCAGAAAUAUUCCUUUUAAAACCUCAACCAGGAGAUCUCUGUAAAAGAAAGAUGAAGAUAAAUGGAGAAACAGUUGAAUGUGAAGCAGACGUUAGAUUUACAUGCCAUCCUUCACCUGUAGGUUAUAGUCCACCUACAUGUUGUGUAGUUAUGGUAACAGAGAUUGCAAAAGAAAACACAGUAUCAAUUGGAGAUGGAAAAAUAGAUAUUCAUUUAUUGUCUGAUAAAGUAUUAGGACAGAUAGGAGCAGAUAUAUUAUUUGAAAGUGAAUUCUCCAUCUUUUUCCCAGGUGUAAUUGGAAUGUUGUGCAUUGGAACAAAGUUAAUUUUUCUAUACUGUGAAAUUCCUGGCACCAAAUUGCUGGAAAUGAAGCAGAAUGGAAAACUUGAAGAAACUAUGGGAGCUGACAACCACAUUCAUUUCACAAAGGCAUUUGAUUACCUGGUAGCAGAUGAUAGGAAUGAGAUUCUCGACUACUUAUUCUGGCUUGGAUACAUACAGUCAUCUGGAUAUGCUAAUCACUAAGGAAUUUCUGCAUGUCUUGUCAACUCUACAAUCAUUAGGUAAAAAACCCAGCUGACAUCACCUUCCUGUAUGUAUGUUUUGUUGAAGACUCAAGUUGUAUAAGAGAAAGCAGAGCUGGAACAAUGAAAUAAAAACAAAUUCUGAUGACAGAAAAUACCUGUUGAAAGUUAUAGAAAGAUGAUGACAUUUACAGAAAUCUUAUUGUAGAUGUACAAGAGAAUGACAAUUUAUUUGAAUUGAACCUGUAAAAGAACCAGAGAAUGACAAUUUAUAUGAAUUGAACCUGUAAAAAAACCAGAGAAUGACAAUUUAUUUGAAUUGAACCUGUAAAAGAACCAGAGAAUGACAAUUUAUUUUAAUUCAACCUAUAAAAGAACCAGAGAAUGACAAUUUAUUUUAAUUGAACCUGUAAGAGAACCAGAGAAUGACAAUUUGUUUUUAGCUCACCUGGCCCGAAGGGCCAAGUGAGCUUUUCUCAUCAUUUGGCGUCCGUCGUCCG